AUGUCUACCAACACUUCAGUUUCUACAGUUCCUAGAGAUCAGUGGCCAUUUGUGGAAGUUUUGCCAGACGAGUAUGAGCGUGAGUUAGAGACGAUCGAUGUGUAUAUUGCCAAGAUAGAUUGUAAGCAAACAAAUCCACUAUUAAAAUUUGUACAAAAGCAUUUACCAGCAUUAGAGCAUUUAGAGCAUUGUAAACGAAUCAGACGACCCACUCAUGAAAAGACAGCAGAUAUAAAGUUAGAAGUUAUCCUUUGCUUAAGAGACAAGAUAUCAAAAGAGGAGCUAAUACAACUUCUCGAGCAAAAUGGGUUUGGUCAAGCAGAGAUCACAGUCGCGUCUGUGUGUAAGCAUGCUCCAUUGAAUAGAAAGCAGUACGAGGCAUGGAAAGAUCUUUGGCCAUUGUCCUAUCGAGAGGACACACGGCUGGACCCCAAAUUUACCGAGGAUGACAUUGAGACGAUUCAUGCGCACAUGGAUUCGAUUCUUGCAACAGACACCAUCACCUGCCGAAUCGUUAACCCAUCGACGAACAGUGUGUUGGCGCAAAAAAGCGACUCGAGAUCAGAGCAUCCCCUGCAUCAUGCUGUCAUGAACGCUAUCGAUCAGGUCGCACAAGCUGAGCGAUCGACUAAAAAGCGAGGGGCAAGAGAAAUGCUUGAACAGGAAAAGGCGUCAUAUCUUUGCACAGGAUACGAUGUCUAUGUUACUCAUGAACCAUGUGCCAUGUAG